AUGCCCGGCGGCAAGGGAAAGUCCUCUGGCGGAAAGAGCUCUGGUGGCAAGACCAGCGGCGCCGACGGCCAGAAGAAGCAGCAGAGCCACUCUGCCCGCGCCGGCCUCCAGUUCCCCUGCGGUCGUGUUAAGCGAUUCCUCAAGCAAAACACCCAGAGCAAGAUGCGCGUCGGUGCCAAGGCUGCCGUCUACGUUACUGCUGUUCUGGAGUAUCUUACCGCUGAAGUCCUCGAGCUGGCUGGCAACGCCGCCAAGGACCUCAAGGUCAAGCGCAUCACGCCCAGACAUCUUCAGCUCGCCAUUCGUGGUGACGAAGAGCUCGACACCCUGAUCCGCGCCACGAUUGCCUACGGUGGUGUUCUGCCGCACAUCAACCGCGCGCUGCUGCUCAAGGUUGAACAGAAGAAGAAGAACAAGGCCCUCGAGGCAUAA